AUGUCAAAAAAGAUAACAAAAAAAGAUGAAGUUGAAGAAAAUAUAUUAAAUUUAAUAAAUAAAGCAAAUAGACCAUAUAAUUAUCAAAUGAUAGAAGCAGCAUUCCCAAGUAUGGGUAAAACACAAAUUGUAAAAACAUUAAAAUCUUUAGGAGAACAAGGUAAAUUAACAUUUAAAGAAUAUAAUAAAGCUAUUAUAUAUUGGAGAAUACAAGAUACAGGUCCAAAAUUAGAUGAACAAGGUUAUGAAAUACCACAAGAAUCAAUUCACGAUUUAAAUAGAAAAUUGGACGGUAUAAACAGGCAAUUGGAGGUUGAACAAGAUACAUUAAAAUCAUUAAUUUCACAAAGUAAACAACUAAAUAAUCAAUUAUCAGAUGAACAAAUUCAAAAGGAGGUUAAUCAAUUAUCAACAGAGAAUAAAGAAUUGGAAUCGAAAUUAUUGACAUUCCAAACCAAAGAGAUAAUGUCCGAUAAAGAUAAACAACGUCUUGAUGAUACUAUAAAAAAAGCAAGAAGUGAAUGGGUAAAACGUAAAGCUCUAUUUAGAGAUAUCCUUGAUCAAGUACUUGAAAGAUCAAAUAAAAAGAAAAAAGAUUUACAAGAAGAUAUCGGUUGGGAAACUGAUGAAGAUUUAAAAAUUCAAAUGAUUCCAGAUUAUUCAAAACCUUUAUCACAACAAACUUUAUCAUCAACAAAUGAUGAAUCACCUUUUAAAAAACAAAAAAAAUAA